AAAAACCGCGGAAAUGGUGCACACCUCGUGCUUGGUUCAUGUCUCGAGACGCAGAAAGGCGUGUCUGUCUACGGUAUGGCCCAGUCAACAGACAAAAUGUUGCUGCAGAUGGUAUCCACCGUCAAUAACUCAUCCUUGCUUCAGCCAGGCUUCUCUCUCCUGAAUUUUGAUGGGCAUGUUUUCUUUUUUGGUCAGAAAGGAUGGCCAAAGAGAUCCUGCCCCACUGGUGUUUUCCUCCUCAAUAUAAAGCAGAAUGAGCUCAAAAUGAAACCUGCCUUCUUCUCUAAGGACUCGUGUUACCUUCCCCCUCUCCGCUACCCUGCGCUUUGCACGCUCAGAAGCGAUGCAAGGGCUGAUGAGUACCAGUAUAUCAUCCACGGUGGUAAAACACCUAACAAUGACCUUUCUGAUAAGAUUUACUUUAUGAGCCUGGUAAGCAAAGCUAGCAAGAAAAUGACAUUCCAAUGCAUUGAGAAAGACCUGGGUGGAGAUGUCCCUGAAGCUAGAUAUGGGCAUACAAUUAAUGUAGUUCAUAGCCGGGGAAAAAGCAUGAGUGUUCUGUUUGGAGGAAGGUCGUAUACUCCUCUUGAGCAAAGAACCACUGAAAAAUGGAACAGCGUAGUCGACUGUUUGCCGUCUGUGUUUCUUAUUGAUUUUGAGUUUGGAUGCUGUACAUCAUACGUACUUCCAGAGCUUCAAGAUGGACUUUCUUUCCAUGUUUCAAUUGCCAGAGAUGACACUAUCUACAUCUUGGGAGGCCACUCACUUCAAAAUAACACCAGGUCCCCCAACUUGUACAAGCUAAAAGUUGAUCUGCCCCUGGGCAGCCCGGCUGUGACCUGCACCAUCCUGCCAGGGGGGAUAUCAGUGUCAAGUGCUAUAGUGACCCAGAUCAGUGACAAUGAAUUUGUCCUUGUCGGUGGCUACCACUCAGACAACCAGAAACGGCUGGAAUGUAACACCAUAGUUCUGGAAGACAGUAAGAUAGAGAUUGUUGAAAGUGUGAGCCCAGAGUGGACACCAGAUAUUAAACACUGCAGAAUGUGGUUUGGCUGUGAUAUGGGUAAGGGGUCUGUUUUGCUGGGCAUUCCAGGGGCCAACAAACAGAUAAUGCCAGAUGCAAACUACUUCUACAUUUUGAGAUGCAAAGGAGCAGAAGAGGACAAGGAAGAAGAAUUGAUAACACAAAUUUGCAGUCAGACAUCAAGUGAAGACCCUGGAGAUUCUGCUCCAUUUGAAGAUUCAGAGGAGUUUUGUUUUAGUGCUGAAGCCAACAGCUUUGAUGCUGACGAUGCUGAUACUUACAAUGAAGAUGAUGAAGAAGAUGAAUCAGAAACAGGCUACUGGAUCACCUGCUGUGCCAGUUGCAAUAUUGACAUUAACACCUGGGUCCCUUUCUAUUCGACAGAACUCAACAAGCCCGCAAUGAUCCUGUGUUCCAGUGGGGCUGGCCACUGGGUCCACGCGCAGUGUAUGGAUCUCUCAGAGACCAGGCUUCUACAUCUCUCAGAAGCAAAUAUCAAGUACUUCUGCAGCAAGCACAUUGACCUCAAUAAAGGGCUACAAACUCCCCAAAAGGUGAUUUGCCUGAAAAAGCCUCCCAUGAAACCAUCGCGCAAAAAGAAAACCAUGAAGUUAUCAACAUCAACGAAAAAGUCCUUUCUUCGGAGACUGUUUGAAUAG